UUCGAGAGCGUGAAGUGUAGACAUGGCCAAGUCCAGUUUUUGUCUAGUCCCGAUCCUGUGCCAGUUUUUGGGAUUACACGCCGCUCUGCUGGAUUCUUUGGUGGAUGAGAGCAAGAUUUACUAUCUGAAAUCAUCGGGGGAUGUGCUCCUGGAAAAUGUGGACAUGUUAGAGUCGGUGGAAGCCGUCAAGUUGAUCGUUCAUGGUUAUCUGGGAUCACGCACCCAUGGCUCUAUAAUGCCUUUGAGAAAUGCUUACACAGCCCAAGGUUAUGAGAAUGUGCUGGUGGCUGACUGGGGACCAGUGGCCAGUUUAGAUUAUCCCACCUCCCGCUUGGCUGUUAAGAAAGUGGCUCGGAUUCUGGCGAAAUCAUUGAGAGACUUCCUCCAGCGACAUGGCGUAAAUCUAGAAAGUGUCCAUGUCAUAGGUCACAGCCUGGGAGCUCAUAUUGCAGGGCGCAUUGGCCUCUACUUUAAUGGCACUUUGGGCAGAGUUACGGGAUUGGACCCGGCACUUCCCCUUUUUUCAAGUCGAUCGGAUGAUAGUUUGCACUCGAAUGCGGCUCAGUUUGUGGAUGUGAUCCACACAGAUUACCCUCUGUUCGGAGACAUAAGACCUCGAGGGAAAGUCGACUUUUAUCCCAAUUUCGGGCAGGCUCCACAACCAGGAUGCGAAAAUUUGGAUGUGGUUGCAGCCAGUAAGCUACUGCAUGAGGCUUAUAGUUGCAGUCACAAUAGGGCAGUCAUGUUUUACGCAGAAUCUAUUGGAAUGAAGAACAAUUUUCCAGCCAUUUCAUGCAGUCUGAGGGCAAUUAAAAGUCGACAAGUUAAAAACUGCUUAAAAGACAAAUCUGAAUCAAACAAAACUGGUAUUGAUGAUAAAGAUCAAACCGUAUUUAUGGGCGAACAUGUCAAUCAAAACGCCACCUUGUAUUUUUAUUUGGCAACCAAUGCAGCACCACCCUACGGCCAAGGCAAGAACUCACGUUUUUAGUUGUUUUUUAAGAACGAACAAUAGGUGGCGACUGUUGACCAUCUAUGCAAAUAUGUAUUUGUAUAACAAUAUAAAUAUACCUAGUUUUAUAUUAAUCUAAACAGAAAAAUAAAUAAAAGCAAACAGUAUUAAAAAUAA